CAGACAAGAUGGCAGAUAAAGAUCUAGUUUGUAUCUACGUCGAUAUUUAGCUGUUACAACUGUUUUUAAAAUUGUAUCAUUGAGCUUUUUUAAAAAUAUGAUCAACAUUUGUACGUUGGCCGUAAUUUCAGACAAUGAGAAUGACGCUCCGACUCCUGGUUCUUGUGACUCUUCUAGCGUCAGUUACCUGCUUGCCUGAUUACUCCUGCCUGACCGCCCCGCCACCUCAACCUUGUAACCUGCAAAUCAUUUACCCUGAGCCCAUUGGCAUCACUGAGUGCGAUGGAGAGUACACGAUGAAAAGUAUGGGGGUGACUGUGUUUCAAGAUAAACCAACUUUAAAAGCUGCCAUUGCAAAUAAACCAAAGAAGCUUUUUCUAUUCGUGUUUCAUGAGGACUUUCAGGAAGGGAGAUGGGGUGCGACAUUCACGAUUGAUGACUCGUGUACACUACAUUUGGAGAGUGAAGAUUUCCCAUAUCAAAAACCCGGCAAUGCUCGUAUGGCGUACUUUCUAUUCGACUUUGGAACAAGGAACGAGAAGUUUGGCAAUGCACUUUGGACAAUGAAAGUGUGUGAACUUGUAAAUAACCGCAGCCUAGGACCUCCUAUAGCCGUCGGUGCUAUUCGCUUUUCACAAUCAGACUCAGACGGCCCUGCAGACAAGAAGGGACAGCCACUCACCUGCCCAACACCUGGAUCUGGAACCGCCCCUGGAGCCGCUCCUGGAGCCGGCGCUGGAGCCGGCGCUGGAGCCGUCCCUGGAGCCGCCCCUGGAGCUGGUCCUGGUACUUCCACACCGGCGCCUCGAUCUGGCUCUGCGUUUCAAAACUCCAAUGUAUUCCUCAUCAUCAGUUCUCUUUAUGUCUUAAUCUCUCUUGUGUUGUAAAGCACUAAAUGUGUUUUUCUAACCUGUCCUCCAGUGUUAAAUCUAUUUUUACUUUCACUUAAAUUAGGCAGCUCCAAUUUAGCUUUCUACAUUUCAAGUUAGAAACAAGGAUAUCAUCUUAGUUUUCUCAUCGAUUAAGUAAUUGUUGAUUUUAGAAAUGAAAAAUCUCGAAAUUAUCAAUAAGGGAUUUCUUUUAGCGUAUGUCUUAAGUUUCAUCAACAUUUCUGUGGUAUUUUAACUUGUAAGGUUACUUAUUUAAUAUAGCUAUAUUUAAAGAAUAAGUUUUACAGGAUAAUAUUGGGAUAAUACUGGGAUACAACUGGGAUAAUACUGGGUGCUGUAAUAAACUGGGAUAAUACUGCAAUAAUACUGCAAAAAACUGGGACAACAUCGGGAAAAUACUAGGAUAUUACGGGGAUAAUACUGGAAUAAUACUAGGUUAAAAAAUCUGAUAAUACAAGGAUAAUAAUGGUAUAAAACUGGGAUAAUACUAGGAUAUACUGGGUUGAUACUGGGAUAAUGCGGAGAUAAUACUGAGUUGAAUACCCUGAUAAAACUGAGAUAAACAAUUCCUAUGUGCAGAGAGCGCUUGCAGGCAUUAAGUACAGUUGUUUUUUUUUAAUUUUAAAAAUAAUUAGUUUUAAGUUCAGUUUUACCUUGAUUAAAGUCAAAA